GAGAUCCGCCAGGAUGGGGACCAGUUCUACAUCAAAACUUCCACCACUGUCCGCACCACUGAGAUCAACUUCAAAAUCGGGGAGAGCUUUGAGGAGGAGACGGUGGAUGGACGAAAGUGCAGGAGUUUGGCCACUUGGGAGAAUGAAAACAAGAUCUAUUGCAAACAAACUCUUAUUGAGGGAGAUGGCCCCAAAACAUACUGGACUCGAGAAUUAGCUAAUGAUGAGCUGAUUUUGACCUUUGGUGCUGAUGAUGUUGUGUGCACAAGAAUUUAUGUAAGAGAGUAAAAACAUCAAUUUACUUGUCAUCUGAGAUGAAGUGGAGAACUGUGAAAAUCCCCAGUAUAAUGAGUAUCUGUGUGUGCUGUUACUAAUGCGGUGUUGUAUGUGACCGUGUGUGUUAUAUCUGAACCCAUACCCUCUGUUAAGUGUAUUUUGCUUUCAUUUUUCAUCGCAGACAUUUCCCACUUUUAUGCCAUCAUUUUCUGUGUCUGCUUUGUAUUUUGUAGUUGUCACUUGCUAUGGUUUCAUCAAUUAUUAAACUUACUGGGCAUAACUCA